AAAGAUUCAGGUGAAACUGAAGACUCAGCGUGCAUAUGCACAGGCCGAUGCAGCGUCCAUCAACGUACCAGCUGGUCUAUGGGAAGACACCUCGCCAACCGCACCACACCACAGCGCCAAACCAGCAUCCCCAGUAGCUCAUUCCACAACGCGCCUUGUCUUGCACACUUUCGAUAUGAAGAUCUUUACGACGAUUGCGCUCCUGGUCGCUGCGGCCAUCUCCAACACGGACGCUGCCGGCUGCGACCUCUCGGGCACGUACAACCCGAUGUCGGCCGCCUCGAUCAUCAAGAGCUGCAAGGCCAUCACGGUCACCAACCUCAACGUCCCGGGCGGCGUCACGCUCGACUUGACCACGCUCCAAGCCGGCACCACCGUCACGUUCAAGGGCACGACGACGUUCGGUGUCAAGAACUGGGAAGGUCCGCUCAUCGCGGUCUCGGGCAACAAGAUUACGCUCGACGGCACGGGCGCCACGCUCGACGGCCAGGGCGCCAAGUACUGGGACGGCAAGGGCGGCAACGGCGGCGUCGACAAGCCCAAGUUCUUCAAGUCGUCCAAGCUCGUCGACUCGACCAUCAAGGGCUUCAAGCUCCUCAACACGCCCGUCCACGCCUUCUCGAUCAACACGGUCACCAACUCCAAGUACCUCGACAUUACGAUCGACAACAAGCUCGGCGACUCCAAGGGCGGCCACAACACGGACGCCUUUGACGUCGGCAGCUCCACGGGCGUCUUGAUCUCGGGCGCGAUCGUCUACAACCAGGACGACUGCCUCGCCAUCAACUCGGGUACGGGCAUCACCUUUACCAACGGUUUUUGCAGCGGCGGCCACGGUCUCUCGAUCGGGUCGGUCGGCGGUCGCUCCAGCAACAUUGUCAAGGAUGUCACCAUCUCCAACACCAAGGUCGUCAACAGUGAUAACGGCGUCCGCAUCAAGACGGUCUCGGGCGCCAAGGGGUCUGUCUCGGGCAUCACGUACUCCAACAUCCAGCUCGAAAACAUUGGCAAGUACGGCAUCGUCAUCGAGCAGGACUACCUCAACGGCGGCCCGACGGGCAAGCCCACCAACGGCGUCCCGAUCACCAACGUCACGCUCAACAAGAUCACGGGCUCCGUCUCGUCCAAGGCCACCAACACGUACAUUCUCUGCGCGCAGGGCGCGUGCAGCAACUGGAAGUUCACCGGCGUCGCCGUCACGGGCGGCAAGGCCUCGACCAAGUGCUCGUACAUCCCGGCCAACUCCAACGCCAAGUGCUAAGUUGAUACUGUGUUUUUGUUUCUAAUCUCACUGAGUUGUGCUUUUGCCGACUGUGCUUUAUCGAGUAAUUCAUAUCCAUACUGUAUAUUGUGAAAAUGACA